AUGCAGAUGUUGUUUGCCACCUUCACUUCCGCGAAAGUUAUUACAGGGACACGUCAGAAUGACGAAGGGAAUGCUGACCGCCUUCGCCUUAAAGAAGAUGCUGUUCCUUCCAUUCUGAUCCCGGGGGAGGAAGUUUCUGCCCCAAGCCCAAGGCAGUUAAGAUUUAAGAGGAGACACCAACCACUGGAGGAACCUGACAUUAUGGCCAUGGGUGUAGAGCAAGAAGUGGUUAUAGAUCAUACAGUAAAGACUGGGCAGGCUGAUCAAACACCAACAGAAAUCCAGGAUCUAGGGGGAAAAGUUGUGCAAAAUCCCUUUGCUAUGAAAUGUUCCAUUGAAAAUUUUAAAGAUAAUGCAGAUGCUGUUUCGUAUUACACUGGUUUCAGUAAUUACGAUCAGUUUAUGAUAUUUUAUCACUGUCUUGGUCCAUGUGUGAAUGAAUUAGAUUACAAAUGUUUAAAGGAAAUGAACAUAUGGCCAUCACAAGAGACAGUUCAAGAUUGUAUGCCUUCAAAUUUUGCAGAGAAGUUUGCAAACACUAUGGUUAUACUGGAUGCCACCGAAAUAUCAGUUGAGAAGCCGUCUGACGUCAAUGCUCAGUCUAUCACUUGGUCAAAUUAUAAGCAUAGCAAUACUAUAAAGGCAAUGAUUGGAGUGACUCCCAGAGGGGCUGUGUCAUAUGUUUCCGAUGCUUAUGGUGGGUCUGCAAGUGAUAGAAUGAUUAUUGAAAGAUCUGAUUUAUUGAAAGAUGGUAUGUUUGAGAAAGGCGACAGCAUCAUGGCUGAUCGAGGCAUCAUGGUGCAAGAUCUCUUUGCUAACAAGGAUGUUCAAGUAAAUACUCCAACAUUUUUGAAAGCAAAAGAGACUAAAUGA